UGAAGCCUUCACAACUUCAUUUCGUUUGACUAACUGGUGGGCAGGAAUACUGGGAGCUUUUCAACCAAACAAAGCGCAUCCUCCGACAAUCUGUUGAGUUCUACCUGCUUGAGAGACUUUGCUCGCAGAUGGCGUCAGGUGACAUGAUCCCACCCUUCGACCCCUCGAGCUCAACACCAAAUACUUUGGUCCUCGUCGAUCUCAAGGAUGAUAUCGAAAGUCUCCUACGACGGUUCGAAAAGAUCUGUGCUGGAAGAGCAAAACUGACAGGGUUCGCACAACUGGCCUGCUUUUACGCAAUACUGGUUUUGGGGAUUGCCAAGUCGAUCCUGAUUGAUGCUUAUUCCAUUCGUGCCGACUACGAAGACCCAAAUCCUUGGGAGGAGGAAGAUGCGGUUAGGAUUACGAGUGCAUAUAAAGCUCUCGUCAGCGUGUUCUGCUGGUCAUCAAAAUCAGAUGUUGUACUGGACCCGGAGAUUGAUCAGGACGAUGAGCUGGGAGCUGCUUUGCUGGAAACACGAGCAAUGGUACAAAGCGCGAAAUGGGAAGAACGAGGGUUCAGAGGGAUGAAAGAGUUCCUUCUCAGUCUCGGAUCGUGCUUCUUCGCUGAUGGGGCCUACAAUGGCUUCUUUAUGCAGAAAUUCGGCCGUGAACGAAUCCCGAGAACCUUGUCCAAGGGAGCCAUUUCGGUUAACGGAAACAGCGAGCGUCGAAUUAGUCACAUUAAAUCGAGGGAAUCUGGAACACCACACCAGGAGAGACACACCAGUGAUGAGGUAAGGCAGGCACCCACCGUCCAUGUUUUCAGCGUCGCGCAGGAGCAAGAUUCCUUUCCUCGAUUUGAUGGAACCAGGCAGCAUGAUUCGGUUUCGCUCUUCACACCUUCCCCAUCAAAGAAUCAAUUCCAAGAUGUCCUUCGCGAGUCGGCAAAUGGUGCUGCUCAUCGGCCCUCUAACUCUGGAAAUUCAUCCACGUUUACAUUUGUGGCUCAUGAUGAAAGUGACGGACACACUGCGGGUCGAGGUCAAAGCCGGCGUAAAGGGGCACUGGACGCUGAGACCUUGAGAAAGGCAAGAGAGGUCAGGAAGCUAGGAGCUUGCUGGAAUUGCUGGGUGAUGAAAAUACCGGUAAAUACCUGCUACCGAUAUCGACUUUGUCUGACGAUGAAUGUAGUGCUCGGAAGGAUCAACUUGUGAUCGUUGCAGGAAGAAAUCUAGCAGUCCAGUGUAUCGACUCUGCAACAGAAAUCCUUUCACAGCUUACGGCGACCUCCUCUUCCCUGGUAUGUCCCCUUGAAGCUCGACGUGCAAUUGU